UAUGUCAAAAGAGCUGUACUGAAUGUCUAUAAGAAGGUUCCUGAAGCGUAUAGGCAAGAGUUCCGCAGCUGCAGUAAGGCCAGCGAGCAAUCAUAUGUAGAGUUUAUACGCCAAAAGCAACUUCUGUGUCGUAAGUGGGUGAAAGUGAGCUCAUGGUCCUAGAUUACGAAAGUUUGCUCGAGCUAAUAAUACUUGAGGACGUAAAGAAUUCGAUGCCCCUGAGAGUACGCUCUCACGUCGAGGAGCGCGGACUACGUCAUAUAUCUGAUGUCGGCCCUGUUGCUGACCACUAUGCCCUCACUAAUCCUUACUUUCCUCAUAGGUCACGUGAGUCUACCGCAUCUCAUUCAGACCAGGUGAAGGAGCUUUUUACAGGUGGCUCGAGAGUGGAGCGGAGAGUGGUAAGACAGCAAGUUUCCCAGACUCGUGAUCGUGGGACCAGCGAGACUUGUGUGAGGAAAGUCUUUUGUACUAUUGGUUCCGACCGUUCGUCCGAGCAUGCCCGACCAGUCGGUAUCCUGCGUGAUUCUGGUUCUUUAAUCUCCCUGGUGCUACGGGAUGAAAUACCUUCACCGGAGUGCUAUACAGGCGAGACGGUUUUCAUAGACGGUGUGAGUGUAACGGGAGCGGAUGGUGUACCUUUAUGCAGAGUUUACCUGACAUCAGAGUUAGUAACAGAUUAUGUCAAAUUAGCGGUGGUUGAUAGGAUACCUACUCAUGGUAUUUCAGUUUUGCUGGGGAACGAUCUCGCAGGAGACAAGAUGCGACCAUACCCUGUGGUCUCGCCUCACCCCACGAGCGAGAACAACACAGAGGAGUUAGAGAGAGAGCACCCUUCACUCCUUCCUGCCUGUGCGGUCACUCGCAGUAAGAGUAAAGGUCGUGCAAUUAGUAAUGGCGUCCCUGGCACAGAAUUGCAUGGGGAUGUACCAGAUUUUGAAAAUAAAAUUUUCAAAGAGGGAUUUUCAUUAAGGGAUUUCUUUGAAGAUUCCGUAGGGCGAGAGUAUAAAGAAACUGAAGGCAUUUUAAGUACUAGUGAAUCACCCAUAACUAGGAGUAAAUUGAUUGAAGAACAAAGGAUAGAUGUACAGUUAAAAGAACUUUUUGAUGAUCUCGUUGAUCAAUCGGAGUUGGAAGAGUACCCGAACUGCUUUUACCUGAAGUCCGGUGUGUUAAUGCGUCAGUAUAGACCCUUGCAUACUCCUAGUACUGACCCCUGGUACACAAUUCAUCAAAUUGUUUUGCCUCUCCCUCUCCGUGAUCACAUACUUGCCAUUGCUCACGAUAAUAUUGCAGGGCAUUUGGGAGUUACUAAGACGUACAGAAAAAUAUUUGAGCAUUUCUACUGGCCUAAGAUGAGACGUGACAUAAGUAAAUAUUGUCGUACAUGUCAUAUCUGUCAGGUUAAAGGUAAACCAGGCGCUGGCGUUUCACCGUAUCCACUUAUUCCAAUUCCAGUAACUAAUGAACCUUUUAGUAAGAUCGUUAUAGACUGUGUCGGCCCCUUGCCUAAGACGAAACGGGGUAACCAAUAUCUGUUGACUAUUAUAGAUUCAGCCACACGGUACCCCGAGGCCAUCCCUCUUAAACGCAUAACCACAAAGAACGUUGUGAAGGCUCUCGUUAAAUUUUUCACUCAAGUAGGACUGCCAUCCGCGGUGCAGUCAGACCAGGGAUCCAAUUUUACGUCUGGUUUAUUUGAGAAAGUGAUGAAAUCACUGGGCAUUCAACAACGCAAGAAAAAGCGACUUGUGCAUGUGAAUCUUUUGAAAAUGUAUCAUGCAAGGGAUGGACAGACAGUGAAAGAUAGAAAAGUAGAUGAUGCAAAGGAUGUAGCAGUGGUUGUGCCAUGUGACCCCGGUGAUAUUGGCAAUGAACCAAUUGUUCCAGUGAUAGAACCAAAUCUGAGCAACACGUAUUUACUAGACAAUCUAGAACAAAAACUCUCACACCUUUCUGAUCCCCAGGUAGCCAGUAUUAACCUUCUUCUGCAGGAGUAUCCGGAACUCUUUGGUGACACGCCCCGCACUUGCCCUCUGCUCGCUCAUGAUGUCAAGCUGAGGCUGUGGGAAUGGACUGUAUUGCCCUUCGGCUUCCGGAAUGCUCCUGCCACCUUCCAGAGGCUCAUGACCUAUAUUACUAGUGACCUAGUGGGCGUUAGGUGUUACCUGGAUGACCUGGUGGUGUGGAGCGAAACCUGGGAGGACCAUCUGAUUCGCCUUCGAUCCUUGUUCCAAGCCCUGUCAGACGCCAGCCUUACCAUCAACUUAAAGAAGAGCGAGUUCGGACACGCCCACGUCACUUUCCUUGGUCAUGUCGUGGGUCAAGGUAACGUUGCGCCUAUUGGUGCUAAGGUCGAGGCCAUUCUGCAGUAUCCAGUCCCGGAAAGCAGGAGGGCGUUGAUGAGAUUCAUUGGCAUGAUCGGCUAUUACCGACGCUUCUGUGAAAACUUUGCGCAAGUUUCUGCUCCAUUAACUGAUUUGCUAAGCACAAAACGUACUUUCAGAUGGACAGAUGAGUGUCAGAGCGCCUUUGACGGGCUCAAGUGCGUCUUAGCCAGUGCCCCUGUGUUACAAGCUCCCGACAUGGAAAAGCCUUUUACGAUCAGCGUAGAUGCGAGUGAUAAUGGUGUUGGUGCUGUUCUUUUUCAGCCCGAUUCGAGUGAUGUUUUACAUCCGGUGUGCUACUACUCUUACAAAUUCAAGACCUAUCAGAAAUCGUAUUCCACGAUAGAAAAGGAAGCUUUGGGGAUUUUGCUUGCUUUAGAAAAGUUCAAAGUUUAUUUGACAUGCACGGCUCAUCCGAUAACUGUGAAUACGGACCAUAAUCCACUAGUGUUCAUUGAAAAGGUGAAAUUUAAAAACAUGCGUAUUCUCAGGUGGGCUCUCUCCCUUCAGCCCUUCAAUCUAAAAAUUGUUCACAUCAAGGGCAAGGAUAAUGGCAUUGCAGAUGCCCUUUCGAGAGCAUGA